AUGAGGACUUUCGUAGCAACAGCAGCGAUUGUGUUGAUGGCAGGAAGCUGCCUGGCCAGUCAAGAAUUCCUCUCCAAGUCUCUGAACGAGUGCAUCGCCGCGGACUCCUGGAUAUCUUGCCUGAAACACGAGGUGCUUGGAUACUUGGAUGGAAAGCUCGGAACCAGCACGGAAGCCAGGUCCUUGGAUACCGUGGACGAAGCUAUCGUUGCCAGGACCUUCAAGUACCUGAAGAGCUUCGAUUAUGGAAUUGAUUUACCCUUCGUGGACGCUAGUCUCAAGUACAGACCCAGCAGAAGUUUAGCUGACUUGGACAUCGAAUUCAAAGGAAACGAAGUUGCUACCAGCCAAGCCAGAGGACUCUUGAAGAAGAAGCUGCUGUUGCCUUUCCUGCUGUUGUUAAAACUGAAACUGAAAGCUUUGAUGCCAAUCUUCGUUGCUAUCAUUGGACUGAAGGCGUUGAAGGCUCUAGUACUCUCGAAACUCGCGGUCCUUCUGGUCGUUGGAUUUAUCGCUGUGCAGUUCUUCAAGAAGAGUGGAAUGGCGAUGCCAAUGGGAAUGUCAAUGGAACCAGCUGCACCAGCAUACGGAGCUCCACCUUUGCCCUCGACCACGUCGAGCUACGAGCCGGCGAACACGUGGGAUGGAAAUGGUCCAUAUUCCCGCGUCUGGACGCCGACCAACGGUGUGGAAGCCCAGAAUCUCGCUUACUCUUACUACUCGCCAGGCAGUGGAUCGAACUCGUAUUCCUCCUCUUCGUCCUCCUCAUCCUCCUCAUCGUCAAUCAAUCCUGGCAGCUCAUCGAAUUACUAG